AUGACGCGGAAAGAUGAUGCAGUCGCGGGCUCACAGGAACGUGGAAUAGAACGGAGCCCUGAGCCCCACACAUAUUGCUUCCAAGCAUGGCAUUUCAGCGACAGCCCGGUGACCGAGACAUUUCACGGCAACCAGGCGAUGGCGCGGCACCUCGAAGGGCGUCUUAGCCCCGGCUUCGCCCAAGUACUGCGCAUAAGAGCAUCCAUCCCGGCAAACAGACGCCAGACUCUCAUAGUUCCACGCACAAUAUACGUGUCAGUACGCCAGGAUGCGGGCCCCGAGGUCGACGAAGAGGACGUCAUCACCGCAUUCCGAGACGAACAUUACGGCGGCUUGGUUAGGGCGUAUUUCCGAACGGAGCUUCACAAGACGCUGGAUUUCUACAACUGCUUCGUCUGCAGCCCUAAUGGAAAGGUCACGCGUAACCAUUUCGCCAAGGUCAUGGUGACGAGAGCUUUCAGCCAGACAAUGGACAGGGAGCUUCGGCUCCCGAGAGAAGAGUCCUGGGGCGAUAUUGGCACGGGAAUAAGUGGGCCAGCUCCUCAGUCGAAUGGAGCUGCACCACAAGCUGCUCCACAGGCUGCGCCAGACCGUCCUCCGAAUGACACCGGAAUUCAAAGAGUAACUGAUGCGCUACGCAACUUUUUCGAGUGGCUCACAGCCCAAUCUGAGAUUCCAGAAGCCAUUGCCACAGCGGGCACCGCAAAUAGCUACUGCCGGUUUAAAGAAACGACGGAAACACUCAUCACCCUGCUUAGGUCGCUGAAUCGGGCUUACGAGAGGGGCAAAGGCGAGGCCAUAGACGUGUCCAAGAUCUGGACGCACCUAGUACGGGCCGAUGCCGCACGGCGCCAUGGCCAGGAACUGACCAUCAAUCUGAACCAGACCGGGCUUCUGGAUGCUGUGGUGAAGAGACAUUCGGCCACCAGAUCCACCGCCUAUGCCAUCGGUAGUGUUGGCGGCGUCGGCGCAGCUAUCUGGGGCGCUUAUGCUCUCACUGGUUUGCCCAUGUUCGCUAUUGUUGUGGCCGGUUGCGCUGCAGCGUUGGUCGCGGGCAACAAGUCGCUGGAUCAUAAGGAGUACAGGGAUCGAGUCAAACAAGUGAAGGACGACUUUGACAGUUUCAGACAGGCCUGGGACACAGUCGCAAGAACCCUGGCGCUCCAGUUCGCCGCCUCUAUGGGUGUCGAUUUGACCAUCCAAGACGAGGACGCAUGCACGUCGAUAAUCUAG